GAUUCGUUCUAACCUUGACUCCAUGGGUUUAUUACUACCAGAAGUUCUUCUUUGACACCGGAAGUGUAUCUUCAGUCAUCGUUGGCGGCGGACCGUCAAAGCCAAAGAUGAGUGGUGAUACUGAUGGAAAUAAGGAGUUCCACGAGCAGCUUCGGUUGCAGCAGCUGUAUGGCCAGAGACAGGCGGACGGAGCUGACGCUAACACCUUUGUGGACCCAGAGGAUGGGACAGUGUAUGACUGGGACCACGACAAGAAAGCGUGGUUUCCUAAAAUAACAGAGGACUUCCUUGCUGCGUAUCAAGCUAACUACGGCUUUACAAAGGAUGGGGAGCAUGAUCCAAAUGCUGCGUGUGCACCUGACACGGACACAACAGCCAAGCCAGAAGAGGGGAAGAAAGCCGAGAAGCGCACUGACACGGAACAGCCGAAAGAUGGCAAAAAGGAGAAAGGAGAGAAAAGGAAGGCUGAUACUGCAGCCUGGUUUGAUGUGGAAACCGACAAGAAUACCAAUGUGUACGUGUCAGGUCUUCCACCGGACAUCACCACGGAGGAGUUUGUUGAGGUCAUGUCUAAGUGUGGCAUUGUUAUGAGGGACCCCAUCUCUGAGGAGUACAAAGUCAAACUCUACAGGGACGGCCAGGGGAACCAGAAAGGCGACGGACUCUGCUGUUACUUAAAGAAGGAGUCUGUAGCCCUGGCUGAGCGACUGAUUGACGAGUCCGAGAUCAGGGGGUAUCAGCUCCACGUGGAGGCUGCCAGGUUUGAGCUCAAGGGUCAGUACGACGCCAGUAAGAAGAAGAAGAAGAGCAAGGAUUACCGCAAGAGGAUGAAGGCACAGCAGAAGCAGCUGGACUGGAGGCCAGAGAAGAAAGGGGAGGCGCGCAAGAGGCAUGAACGUGUGCUCAUCAUCCAGAACAUGUUCCACCCCAAUGACUUUGAGGAAGACCCCCUGGUGUUAAAUGAGUACCGAGACGACCUCCGGACUGAAUGUGAGAAAUUUGGUCAGGUGAAGAAGGUCAUCAUUUUUGAUAGACAUCCUGAUGGAGUGGCCUCGGUGGCCUUCAAAGAGCCAGAGGAUGCAGAUGUUUGUCAGAUAGCACUGGACGGUCGCUGGUUUGGUGGCAAGAAGUUGUCAGCACAGCUGUGGGAUGGAUCCACUGACUACCAGGUGGAGGAAACCACGAGGGAGCGAGAGGAGAGACUGAAAGGCUGGGCAGCCUACUUAGAGGGUGGGAGCAAGGGGCCUGUACCGCCGGGGGCACCGCCAGGAAGUACAGAGGGACCAAACACAACCACAGAGGAGUCAUCCAGCAAGGCAGAGGGACCUGUGACAGAGCCCUCCAACUCUCAGAGCCAAGAAGCAGGAGCAGAGGCAGUAGUAGACCCUGGGGUGGAACCAAAGACCUCUGAGGACGCAGAAGUAAGUUCCACUGACAGCAGCCUGGCAGGAAGUGAUGAAGAAGACACGUAGACAGACACACAGACAUCACUGUACAUCUCCUUGUGUUCAGCAUAUAAAAGGACAGUCUUGCCUGACGUCUGCUAAACUGCCCCCACACCUUGUUUGAGUGGUGGAAAGUGACACACUGAGGAAUAAGGCUAUUGGGAUGGAAAUACUCUGUUGCAUACUUAGUGAUGAAUAAUAAAAAAAAGUUAGUUGUAUAUUUUCAAUUCUUUCCCUCCACAUUGACCUGUUUUAUUGAUUGACCUCAAUAAUUUUCAACAUGUCUUUUAUACUAGGAAUUUGUGUAAUGAACUAAACGGGCUUGAUUUGAAUGCUCUGGUAAUGGAUACGCAGUUAGGGACCAAGCUUUGGAGAGGUCUUAAACUGAAAGGAUUUACAUCCAUGUUUUUCAUUGUCUCUCUUGAAUAUAGCAGCGAACUCGAUUUCAACCUUAAAGCUAAAACUCCAUCCUGUCUUGUCAUGAUUUGUUUUGAGAUGGAAAAUAAACGCAACGUUACCAAUGGCAACCGUG